CUAACCUGAAAAUUUUAAUGUGUCAACAUUUUCAAAUUUCAGUUUCAGAAUAAAAUGACUACAAAACGAAUAUAAAACCUGAAUAACGUUAUGGUGGAAUGCCUAGAUGCUCUACAACAUGCUUUACCGUCAUAAUCUUAUAGUAAAUAGUAUUCGUGAAUGGUGUAUAAGCCCUAAAGGUUUGCACUGACACCACCAGGUACACAAAAGCUAUUACUGAGCUAGUUAUGGCAGCUGAUGUGUUCAACAUCAGCAAAAAUAAAAAUUUUACAGACUUUUCCAUUUCAUUCGUCGAUUUUCCAGCCUUCGUUUACUGUCUAUGUGUUCAUUUAAACGUAUAUUGCCGAAACAAGACUCGUAAUAUCAAAAUUAAGCUCAACUAUUGCAGAAUUAAAGGAAAAAGAAGCAUCAAAAGUAAUUGGUACGGAAGUGACUAUAUGAAUGAUAACGAAUUACCCCAUUCAAGUAAAAGUAAAGAUGAUAAAGACAAACCAAAACUCAGGAAACCUUGUAGAUGGGAUGAUAAGCAUUUAUAUUUAGGACCCAGUUUUGACGAUAAGAGCGCAGAUUACAGCCCGAUAGUCCAUUUUCCUACUAAAUGUGAAUUGUUGUGUCAUCCCCGACUAAUGAAAAGAAUUGGUUGCAAAAAUCAGAAGCCUAUGAGAAAAUGUAACUGUACCAACACGGAUUUCUGUACCACCCUAACGCCUCACAGACCGAACAGAUUCGGAUGUAGAUUGCAAGAGGACGAUAUAUGUGAAGAAGAUGAAGAUGAGAUUACAUCUGAUGAGGAAUUAUGGGAAAGUCGAAAAGUUACGAUAAAAACCAAUCGAUUCGGCGAAGGAAUCGACGAAAGAUGCACUGCACCGUUGUUAUUUAUUUCGACAACAUCCUUUGACAAACGGGAGUACACAAAGUCGAUGGAAUUGGAAACGAUUUUCGAAGAAAAGCUUGGUAAGUCCAAGUCGACUGAAGUUACUCCUGAAAUUACUGCAUCUACCACUGAGGAAAUAUCAGAGCCGCCUGAUGAAGAUUAAUAAUGAAAUACACAAAUAUUAAAUACAAAUACAUUUAACAAUCAUUUUACUUUAGGUCUUUGGAUGGUAAGAUUAAUAAACAAAAAAGAUAAUGUAACUUUCAGGGUGUAUUUUCAAAGUAUUUUAAGCUUAAUCACUGGGCUCAAAUACAGUAAAAUAUAUAUUUUUUUCUA